UUAGGCAAGAUGGCUGCAAAGCCCGCUGCAAACUUACCUGUAUUUGAGUGUCCAUCAUGGGCAGGGAAGCCUCCUCCCGGACUCCAUUUGGACGUGGUGAAAGGAGACAAGCUGGUGGAGAAACUGAUCAUCGAUGAGAAGAAGUACUACCUGUUUGGGAGGAACCCGGACAUCUGCGACUUCACGAUCGACCACCAGUCCUGCUCGCGCGUCCACGCGGCCCUCGUCUACCACAAGCACCUCAAGAGGGUCUUCCUCAUCGACCUCAACAGCACCCAUGGCACCUUCCUGGGUCACAUCCGCCUGGAGCCCCAUAAGCCUCAGCAGGUGCCCAUCGACUCGACGGUGUCGUUCGGGGCGUCGACACGGGCGUACACCAUCCGGGAGAAACCCCAGACCCAGCCCAGCGCCGGCACCGGCGACAGCAAGGGGGGCGAGGACGAGGAGCUCAAAGGCCUGCUGGGACUGCCGGAGGAGGAGACUGAGCUGGAGAACUUGACAGAGUUCAACACGGCCCACAACAAGCGCAUUUCCACCCUGACCAUCGAGGAGGGGAACCUGGACAUCCAGAGGCCCAAACGCAAGAGACGGAGCUCCCGAGUCACCUUCAGCGAGGACGACGAGAUCAUCAACCCAGAGGACGUCGACCCCUCGGUCGGGCGCUUCAGGAACAUGGUGCAGACUGCAGUCGUCCCCAUAAAGAAGAAGAAGAUGCAGGGGCAGAGCUCUCUGGGUCUGGAGGACAGUGUGGGCCGGCGGAUGCAGAACUUUCCCUUCAGUGGGGGCCUGUAUGGAGACCUGCCCCCCACUAGCCACGAUGCCCAUCCCACCGGAGCCCAGGGCGGGAGCACCAUCAUGGGGGGGCUCCCCUUCCCCAACCCAGCCCCCGACGUCGACCUCUCCCCGGCCGCCCCCCAGCCCCCCAUCACCCUCAACCCCACCCCCGCACCCGGCUCCUACGUCUCCGAGGCUCUCAACGAGCCCCGCAAGAAGAAGUACGCCAAGGAGGCGUGGCCUGGCAAGAAGCCCACCCCCUCCCUGCUGAUCUAGCCCUGCACCUGAACUUUGCGUGGGGGGAGGGGCUGAAGCCGGGGACCGUGUCAGUAAGAGCUCUGGGGAGUAGGUUACCAUGGGAACGGAACCUUGUUGAUUGGCGGGGAGGACAUUUUGACCAUCUUUUGUUUUCGUUUUUGUCGUUUUUCUUUCCCCUCAUCGACAAGCGUCCUGACCCACUUUGAGCUGCAAGACCAAGUUUUCUGUGUCGUGCGCGUCAGUAGACCCACCGUUUGAUAUCCUGGAGUGGGUGUCAUUUUCUUUUUUUAUUUCAUUCUGCAGACGCACAGUGCAUUAUGCUCAGAUAUGCCCAUGUCCGUCUCAUGGGAGCGAGCCGGUCAGAGCUGUAUGCACUUUGUGUUCGUUGGGGGGGGAGUACGGGGCAUUGGGAAACACGUGAAUUACCGCAGGAAGAAACGGAGCGCUCGCAGGAAGUGGGAACUGGGAACAUGAAACACCUUCUCUACAUAUCCAUUCAUUGCAGAAUAUAUCAGUUUCUUAGCAGGCAGAGGUGUGAUCAUACGUAAUAUUACUCUACAGCAGGAAAUGACGUACAUUUUUUAUAUAUUACGUUUUAUGUGUAAUAUUGUUUUUGUUUUUUGUUUUUUUUUAUAAACGAGGGAGAGGCAUUGGUGACACGUGUCUCUGUUGUGCCUUCGUAAAGCCAGACAGCUCUGCAUUCAGUGACCAGGCAGUGGUGUUGGCGUGGAAUCCGCCGUAAGAUCGAAGCGCGGUAGUUUCCUCAGAGGUCCCCCGGCACAGGUCAGCGUAGGUGGCCAAACGCGGCUCACGUGUGGGACUCCUCUCUUACAGCCCGGUCCACACUGCGUCUGGCGCUGGUCUCUCCGUGCUCUCUCUCCCUCUGCUCUGUCACAAGCAGGAGACGCUCCGCUGGAGUGUCGGGGGACCAGCUGGCUCCGCCUCCACCCUCUCAGUAACCAGGCUUUAUCGCACACAAAGGCUGAGAUGUACCAUCUCCAUCCGGACAGCAUGAGAAUGCAGAAUGGGUGCGUUUGUGGGGGCGUAUUUCGGUAAAGCAAUAAGGCGUGAGAGGAGCCCUGUGCUCUCAGCAACGCUGGCCUGGCAGGGUGUGUUUCACACUCUGAGCCCUGAAUCUCGUCCCGUGCUGUGGAACACCCUCAUCUCACCCCCCUCUGCUGACGUUCAACUUUUAAACCGUUCAGACAGUUCCUGCGGUGAAGCUGAAUUCCAGUGCGGUCAGCAGCCCGUCACAGUUAGUUUUUAAUGUGGCUGUUGUUAUAUUUGUGUUUUUAUAGUUUGACAAACUGUGUAAUGUUCCUGGUGGCAGAAAGCUUGUUUACAGGGGUUGAGAUGACGGUGGAGGGCAGUUAAACAUCGGUGUUGAUGUCACAGUCUACAGCAGCUUCGGCUACAGCAUCCUGGUAUGAGGUUUGUAUUCUCUGCCUGGGAAGGACCCAGGAGAAGAAUGAGAAACAAAUUUCAGUAAUUUGAACAACAUGCAAAGACAAAUUGCAUCCUAAAGCUGAAGC